AGUUAUAAAUGAACUGUAACCCUAUGUGGUCUUCUGUAAAAUUGAAUGUCCGGAGAAAUCAAAUACGUGACGUCAUGAUAUCGAAAAAAGUCGACAAUGCAGAAUACGCAUAUCAUGUAUUAGCUCCUUUAAAUACUUUACUAAAGAUAUUUUCUUUAAAUUGUAACUUGGGUUUCAAAACAUCGUUUGAUAAUUUUUGUAUUUUAUUUAAGUAUGCGCUAACAGCAACAGUUUUGGGUGUAAUAAAUUUUUUCACUCUGUAUUAUAAAAUGACAAAUGUAUACAUUCAACUUAAUGCCUCAAUUAAAUUUACUGACUUGGUGCAAGUGGUUUUCGAUUAUUUUCAAUAUCUAGUUGAUUUGUACAACGUGUACAAAUAUGGAAGACAAGUGAGCGUCGAAUAUUAUAAACAAUAUAGUAACAUUGAUAAGAUUCUUGGUGUCACAUACUAUCCAGCAAUUAGGGAGAACAUAGUGAAAAGUAUCGUUUUCUUCCUAAUCACCUGGUUUGUUAUAUCAGCGUGUGACUUCGUUGCAUGGGUUCUUAGCUUCGGGUGGAUAACGCCUAUAAUGUAUUCUGUUUCCUACAUUUUUCUUUUCAUCAAAAUAUUGACCACAUUGGACCUGUCUGCGCAAGCUAUGCAAAUUGAAUGCCGCUUGCGAAGUAUUUGUGAUCUACUUCAGCAUUAUUAUUAUUUGCUUGAACCAUUACCGGGUUCAACGACUGAUUUAUUAAAUAACGAAAAUUGGUUUUAUUCGGAUGCGUGUUCGCGAGUCACUAAAUUAUUAUCAAAGAAGAAUGUAAUAAAAAAGCCGUCGUGUAGUAGCGAUCAUGAAGUAAAAUGGCUGUGUAGAUGUUAUGUAAUGCUCAUGGAACAGUCAAACUUUAUUAAUAGUAUGUUUGGGAUUAGGUUUUUACUGAAUAGUCUGAGUUUACUUAUUGACAUGAUAAGAUUUAUGAAUCUAACUGUCAGGAUGUUAAUUGGAUCACAGCAUACCACCUAUGACUCCGGUUAUUUACCAGCGGUGUUCAGCUUACUGCGUCUAUUGAUGUGUAUUGCUAUAUUGGUACACUUAGUACACAACUGUGAGAAGGUCUAUCGACAAACCGACAAUAUUCUUAAUAUUGCUGACCAUCUCCUUCUUAAUAGGCAACCAGAUGACAAGUUACGUGAAGCGGUGACCGAACUUCGGGACCUUAUACGAUCGCGGCCCAUCUCUUUCAACAUGGCUAAUUUCUUUAGCUUAAACUACUCUAUGCUUUUAUCUGUUGCUUCGGUAGUAGUAACAUACACAAUCAUAUUGUUACAAACUACGAAUUAA